AGUGUAAUCAUUUACUUAGACGACUGACUUUCGCCAUAAAUAAACAAAACCCUCUUUUUUACACUGCCUUCAAACAUGUCAUUAUGUCUUGCAAGAGGACCUUCCCAGUCACCUGUAAUCUUACACCCUCACGUCACGAGCCUCAUACCAACCUUUUCCCCUUUUCUUGCUAAAACCGAACAAGCGAGCACUGUGACAGAAGUCUACAACCAGCCAUGGAGGAGACCUCAGAGAAAAUCCCCAUUGCUUUGGCUGGACCUGAGGAUUUACAACAAUUCAUGCCACCUGCGUAUGCUGCUGUCGCCGUGAAGCCCUCGAGCUCUGUGCGCGCUCUCAAGAUCGCCGUGGGUGCGCUAAGCAUCGGGGCCGCGCUCCUGCUUCUCGGAGCCGUGGGUGCCUUUUACUUUUGGAACGGCAACGACAAGCAGGUGUACAGUGUCCACUAUAGCAUGAGCAUUGAUGGAAAAAUGGAGAAGGGCUCCAUGGAGAUUGACACACUGAACAACUUGGAGAGGUUCACAACAGGAAGCACAAAUGAAGCGGUUGAGGUCUACGAUUUUCAGAUUGGAAUUACCGGUGUCCGUUUCACCGGAGGAGAGAAAUGCUACAUCAAGUCUGAGGCCAAAGGUCACCUUCCAGAUCUGGAAUCCCUGAAUAAGGAAUCUCUGACAUUUGACUUGGAAGAUGAAGUCAUGCCUGUCAAGUUUGAAGAAGACUCGCUAAUCUGGGUCGCAGCCGAUGAGCCUCUGAAAGACAACAGCUUCCUGAGUGACAAAAUAUUGGACCUCUGCAAAGACGUGCCCAUCUUCUGGAUGCGUCCUACCUACCUGAAAAAAGAGCAGAAGAAACCAAUCCCGAGAGCCAGACGACAGGCUCCGGAAGACAACCUUCCAUUCAACCCCAACAACCCUUACCAUCACCGUGAGGAGGGUGAAGAAAGCCCAAUGACGACUGACACCAUGCUGGACCACACCGGUGCGUGUUGCUCAGAGUGUCGCCGUGGAUAUACAUACUGCGUGCGUAUCUGUGAGCCUUUGGGUGGCUACGAACCAUGGCCAUACAACUACAAAGGAUGUAGGAAAGUGUGCCGUCUCAUCAUGCCAUGCAAUUGGUGGGUGGCUCGCAUCAUGGGCCUCGUCUAAAAGGCGCCGCGGUGGACGACGAAAGCUGGUUUCCAACACAAAAGCUUCAUAACGAGCGUCACAUUGUGCAAAAAAACCCCCAAAAAAACAUACCAUUUAUUAUAAGUGUGAUAAAGUAUCAGAUACUGGUUGUACUCAGUAUCCAAGUCUGUUAUUGAAGGAGGUCAGCAUUUCCGGGGAGCAGUAUGAAGGAAAACGUUUGGUUCUCGUAUCAUAAAAUAUGAACAAUGUACAUUUAAAGGAAUAGUUAUGUGGAAAGAAUUGGAAUCAAUAGAUCUAGGCAAGAAACAUUUCUCCCAAAAUGUACUGGUGCUAUUUAAGCUAAUGAGUAAUGAGUGUCUUUCCAACAAUAAAUGACAUGUGAACUCAAGUA